CACAACCGUGGGUACCAGACGAAUAAAACCACGCCCCUUUUGCGUGGGCGCGUACAUAUGCGCAAACUUAACACUGCGCACUUUCUAAAUUUGAAGCGGCCGGGGGAAGGAAGUCGGGAGGUGGCAAGGUAGAAGACUCUUUUCUGCUCUAUACACACAGAGAGAAGGGAGCAGCCAUGAUUGGGGGAGUCUUCAUCUACAACCACAAGGGAGAGGUCAUGGUCUCUCGUGUCUACAGAGACAACAUCACGAGGACCACGGUGGAUGCAUUCAAGGUGAGUGUGAUUCACGCGAGGCAGGCCGUGCGAUCUCCAGUCACCAUCAUCGCGAGGACUAGCUACUUCCACACACGGCAAGGCAGCGUCUGGAUCGUCGCAUGUACCAAACAGAACGUCAACGCAGCUCUCGUGUUUGAGGUCCUGAACAAGAUGGUGCAAGUCUUGGAGCAGUAUUUCGGGAGCAUCACGGAGGAGAGUGUGAAGAACAAUUUUGUCCUUAUCUAUGAGCUAUUGGAUGAAAUCUUGGACUAUGGGUACCCCCAGAAAACGGACUCUGGAAUUCUCAAGACUUACAUCACACAGCAGGGGGUCCGAAGUCAGAGUACGGAGGAACAGAAGCAGAUCACGAGCCAAGUGACAGGGCAGAUAGGCUGGAGAAGGGAGGGGAUAAAGUACAGACGAAACGAACUCUUUCUCGAUGUCCUUGAAUCGGUCAAUCUCCUAAUGUCGCCACAAGGGCAGGCCCUAAGUGCCCAUGUCUCUGGUCGAGUGGUCAUGAAAAGCUAUCUGAGUGGCAUGCCAGAGUGCAAGUUUGGAAUGAAUGAUAAGCUGGUGAUUGACAAACAAGCCAAGCCGUCCACUCCCGAGGCUCAGAAUUUGGAGUCACAGCUGAGCAAGAGACAGGGGGGAGGGGUCAACCGCAGUGUUGCCAUCGACGACUGCACAUUCCAUCAGUGUGUGAAACUGAGCAAGUUUGAAUCGGAGAGGAGCAUUAGUUUCAUACCCCCAGACGGAGAGUUUGAGCUAAUGAGGUACCGCACAACUAAAGACAUCACACUCCCUUUUAGGGUCAUACCUCUAGUGAGACUGUCGACACAGAACCAUGUGGAGAUCAAGGUGACUCUGAAGAGUCUGUUCAAAGCAGCUCUGACAGCUCAGAAGGUGGAGGUUCGAAUCCCCAUUCCUCCCAACACCAGUGGAGUCAAGAUUAUCACUCUCAGAGGAAAGGCCAAAUACAAGACAGGGGAGAACACCAUAGUAUGGAGGUUGAGGAACAUGCAGGGCCAGAGGCAGAGUGAGCUGACGGCUGAAGUGGAACUUCUCCCAACUACCGACACCAGCAAGACCAAACAGACUGCACGAGUCCCCAUCUCCAUGAACUUUGAGGUCACGUGACUGUCACAUGCACCGUUGACAUGCCAAAGAGUUUCUCUGCCUCUUCCCAACAGGUUCCUUUCGCCUGCUCCGGCCUGAAGGUCCGAUACCUCAAGGUGUUUGAGCCGAAGCUAAACUACAGUGACCAUGACGUGGUGAAGUGGGUCCGCUACAUCAGCAAGAGUGGUCUCUACGAGACUCGCUCACAUUCCAACUACUGAACGGCGAUCUGACUUUGGACAACUUUUAGUCUAGCGUUUAUUUUUUGUGGCGUUUUUCGUUCUAUGACAUAAUACUUGAGUGGUGUAUAUAUACGAUGAUGAUCCUAGGGUU